UGGAUGACAUUGGAAUGGGUGAGAGAUUCGCUGAGGUGGAUGCCUGACGUAGAUGGAUGGGACGGUUUGUCUACAUUGUCGGGCUCCAUCGGAACCUCUUAUUUCUAUUGGGACACCUGGAUCGAGGGAAUGGCACACGAGGCCAGGAAUCAAAACCCUGUUAUUGCCAUUGGAAACCUCCAACAUUACUUAAAUGGAGCUCUUUCGCCUCUCCUGAGUCCCUCGUCGAGUCUCUCUCCAUCUACACGACACAAUCGUAUAUCUCAGCUCGCUUUUCAUUCCAUCUCUGGAUUCAAACAAUAUGCUCUCUGACGAAGAGGUCGAAAAAUACAUCCAAUUUGCAGAGUCCUACGAGGUUCAGAGAUCUAUCGAUGAGGACGAUGCUCUCUCCACGACCUUUUUCACUCUGGCCCACGACACCCCGCCCAAAGCUACUUCCUUCGCUCCUGAUCCACACGCUGUCUCUUUUGCGGAAGCCCAGUUGUACUAUUCGGGCUUGCCUUCUGAGCCUACGCUUCUAUACCGAACAGGCAAGGAGAAGUGGUCUCCGCCAAGGGGACCAGAGGCCUAUCGCCGAAUGAAGGAGUUAUGUGAAGUCUUCAAUCAUCCAAUCACCCAGUUCUGGAACAAGGACUUGGGCUGGAAGGUUGUCGACAUCAUGGACACUCACACAAUCCGCUUUACAACCAUAGAUGUCGUUCGUUUCAAAAAGGUUGAGGUCGACGAACCGAGUGACGACGAGGAAAACGUCGAGGUUGAAGAAGAUGAUGAGGAAGAAGAACCCACCAAGACCAAGAAACGGAACGUCGGUCCUGUGACUAUCUGGAUUGGUGUUUUCCCUGAGACUACCACCCCUACGGAUGCUCACAGCGCGGCUCAGGAUGUCCUAGCCCUUCUCAAUGACUACGGUAUCACCGAUGUCGACGUCGACUUUCGCGAAUCAUUCUACAUGCGCGAGGCUGGUCCUCAGCUUCUCCCACCCGUCGAGGAUCUAGACCCACUCGUCGACGUCGUUAGCCCCCUUACUCCGGCCCUUGGUCUCCGUAUCUCCACCAGGGCUAUGCCCAACAUUCAGGGGACGAUGGCCCUCUACCUCGCAGAAGGUGGAGACAGCAACAGACUUUUGGGGCUUUCGUGCCGCCAUGUUCUUAUUGGGCCGCAGGAAGCCAACGUUGACUACAGGUACCACCCCGGUGCGUUUUCCAAGGACAUCCUCCUGCUCGGCAAGAGAGCAUAUACGAACCUGUUAGAUUCAAUCAAAGAUAGGAUUAGAAGACACGGCUACUCAAUCGAGUACUGGACCAGCCAGAUCGAGGGGUUCUUGGAGAGGGAGAGGGGCACAGACCAGGCCGAUGUCCAGAAGGCUGCGGCAUCACGGAUUGCAACUCAGGCAUUGAUGGACAGGGCCAAGACCGCAGUGGGGGCGCUUGCGGCGCUGCUUAGGCGGGUCGGUACUGAUUGGAAAAAACUCAACGUCCGUGUUCUUGGCCACGUCCUCUGGUCCCCUGCCAUCGCUCUCGGUGUCGGUGAACAUCGUUUUACGGAAGAUUGGGGAAUCUUCCAGGUCGACCGGGCUAAACUUGGUGAUGGUUUCCAGGGUAAUAAGUUGGACCUUGGAACGAAGAUGCCGCCCGGGGUCUUUACGAUGAAAUGCUUCCCUCGUGGAGCCAUUGACUGGGAGUUCAAGUUUCCUUUUGAUCGUCUGCUUUCGCUCGUGGGCACCAUCACCGAUGAAUUGAUGCAUGCUCCUGACAUGUGGGACUUGGACGGCGAACCGUGUUUGUUGGUCGUCAGAAACGGUAACGCCACUGGCAUCACCAUCGGCCGUGCCAACGGUGUCUUCUCCAUCGUCCGUGAAUACUUCAUGGACAUGACUAUCAACCAAACCUCGAUGGAAUGGGCCAUCAUCAAUUACGAUAGCAAGUCGGACGUCUUCUCGGGAUCGGGCGACUCCGGCUCCAUCAUCGCCGACCUCCAUGGCCGUAUCGGGGGGUUACUCACGGGUGGUUCUGGCAAGACCAAGUCCUCCGACAUUACUUAUGCCACGCCGUUCUGGUGGCUCCUCCAGCGCAUUAAGGCGAACGGAUUCCCUAAUGUGCACCUCGAUGUCCUCGCCUAGGGAUCUUGUCAUCGACAACGACCUCGACGUCAAAGAUCAGCUCUUUUUCUUCUGCGACUUCUAUGCUUUUCUUCUAGUGCACCGGGAAUUUGGAAUUUGUCCAGAUCCACCCAGCUAAUUCACUCUCCACCACUCGUAGCCUUAAAUUCACCAGGGUGGAAUAGCGUGAAUUUCAGUCUUACUCCCAGCUCUC